AUGGAACUCUCUCAGGCCUCAGAUAAGGUAGAAAAAGUCACGUCUCUCCACCGAAGCGAUACAACCUAUACAAUUGAAACACGCUAUACACACAUGCUUCUUGAGGAUAUUCCAUGGUUCUACAAUGUACUCGCUGGUGCUGCGCAUUGGGCAUUACUCGCUGGAUACUUAGUAGUCCCUGGCACUUUUACUUCACUGCAGCGAUCUCAUUCUUUAAAGGAAGACUUGGAGAAGACAGAAGCUGGUCAGGUCAUUCUCAAUACCAUUCAGAAUCCUCCGUUGCUCGCGAUUGCGUGCUUUUUCAUGGUACUUGGUGCUGUGCUCAUGGCCUGGCUUUCAUGGGAGCGAAGAAGCAACUAUAUAUGGCUUAUUAACAAAUUAUUCGCUCCAACUUUUCUCAAUGCGUUAGCUGGAUUGAUCACAACGCUCGUCAAUGUCUAUACUGCACGGGAGGGCGAGUGGUCAAUCAUGGCCGUUCUGACAACCAUCGUCACGGGACUUUCUGUCUCCGGCUCCCUGGCGCUUCUCAUCAUCUACCAAUUCGGGAAGCUUGAAAGUGUCAAGAAGGAACAUGAAAUGGAGAUCAAGGCUGGCUUCCAGAGGGUCAGCCCAGGAUUCCAAGGAAGCUCCUGA